CACACGACGAGCCAUGAUGGCUCGAGCUGUCUGGUGCUUGAUCCUGCAAGUCGAAGAACAUCCUGGCAUCCUCCCACCUCUCCCUCUCGUGCAGAAGAAGGCUGGUUGUUAAUUGAUCUCAAGAAUCUUCCCUCUUCCCGCAUUGAUUGACUGACUGACGUCUCGUGUCAUCAUUUUAUACCCCCCCGGUGGCCGAUCACGAGCUGCAAGUGAUCUAUUUGACCGACGUCAACUCGACCUUCUUCAACGCUCUGACAUUCCCCCACUAUUCUCCAUCGACCACGCUCACAUCGAGACUGGCCAUAAAGACUGUUGCAAGGCUCAAUUCGUGCUGCCCGAUCCUACGAAGCCACACCUGACUGGGAGUCCCUUGCUUACACGAGACAUUCCAACCUACGAUCCAGAUUCGUUUCGGCUGACACAGAGUCUGACUCUCACACUCACACCUCCGACAAGUCAUAUACAUUAUCUACGAUCCUCUUCCUCUUCUCAUAUUAAACUCUCGACACACUUCUUUCAAAAUGGGCCUCUUCGACAAGCUUCAGUCAAAACUUGAACUCUACCGCCUUGAGCAGAAGUACGCUCGGCGCAAGAAUCGAACUACCUUUUCAACUGGCGCGCAGUACGUGGACGGCGAAUAUGUCUACACAACCGACAGUUCGAGAAGUCCCACCAUGUCAGCAAACUCGACAGGAAGUUCAGACCGUUCAUCCAAACGCCAGACCAUAUUCUGGUCGGCGCCAGAGAAUCGAUGGUCCUAGAAUUUGAAGAAAGAAAAAGAAAAAGACCAUGACUUAGAACCUGUCCGGACUUCAAAGUCCACAGCAUGAGUUUACGGAGUUUGAUUCCCUUUGUAUCAUGGGAUUUUCCCCUGGCGGUUGCAAGUCAUAUAGAGUCAUAUCAACUCUAGGCGUUAGGGACUGCGAACUUAUUAUGCAUUAUUUGGCGUUUGGACGUUUGGAACAUUGGACGAAUUGCACCGCCCGCGGCAUUUGAGCACGACCAGGAUUGUGAAACGCGGUGACGACGGGGUUUCCACCUCACCGAGGGGAGAGACCAACCAGAGGGAACAUUUAACAUUAGAUAACCACCCACCCCAUAGAUCACAGCCGUCAAAUCCUGUCUUUCUCAUCAAACAGUCUCAACUAGAUUGGUUCAGAACUUGGUUACAUGUCACCUGUCUUGUU